ACACACAGACACACGCACACAGMUAGAGAGAGAGGAGAGAGGAGCACACUUUCGAGCCGAGGAUCUCUCUGACUGACUGCUCCGCUCCACUCCGUGCUCCCUCCCAUGGCAGGCAGAGGACUGGAGAACAGGAGGAAUAAAGGAAUACUGCAGUGACCAACCAGCUGCUCGCUCUCUCUCCCUCUCGCGGCUCCACUGCUUUCAUCCCCUCUUUUUUUCUUUCCCCCCUGCCAAUUAUAUCAUGAACCUGUCUGCUGCUUGUUGAUAAGGACAGCAAAACAGGGAGCAGUGGACAAGACAUUAUUUUGUUGCUAAGCCUCCUGAGCCUAGGACACAGCAGGCAUGGCGGAGGCAUCCAGAGACCUGGGACAACAGGGUGUGGGGACAACAGAUCCUGAGGAGGACUCUCCCAACAUGAUAGUUUAUAGAAAGAUUGAAGACGUCAUUAUGCGGAUACAGGAUGAGAAGGCAGGAGGGGUGGCCAUCCGAACUGUCAAGAGCUUCCUGUCCAAGAUCCCCAGUGUGGUAUCAGGAGCAGACAUUGUGCUGUGGCUGGUGAAAAACCUCUCAAUUGAGGACUCAGCUGAAGCCAUCCAUUUAGGGAGCCUGAUUGCUGCCCAGGGCUACMUCUUCCCCAUCUCCGACCACGUCCUCACUCUCAAAGAUGAUGGGACCUUAUACCGCUUCCAGGCUCCAUACUUCUGGCCCUCUAAUUGUUGGGAACCUGAAAACACAGACUAUGCCAUUUACCUGUGCAAGCGCACCAUGCAGAACAAGGCCAGGCUGGAGCUAGCUGACUACGAGGCUGAGAACCUGGCUCGACUGCAGAGGGCCUUCGCCAGGAAGUGGGAGUUCAUCUUCAUGCAAGCUGAGGCGCAGGUCAAGUGAGAUCGACAGGAGAAGGACAAGGUUGAGAGGAAGAUCUUGGACAGCCAAGAGAGGGGCUUCUGGGACGUCCAUCGCCCUGUGCCAGGCUGUGUAAAUACCACAGAGAUGGACAUUCGCAAGUGCCGGAGAGAGAAGAAUCCACAGAGGGUGAAAAAGUCGGUGUAUGGGGUAACAGACGACACCCAGACUCAGAGUCCAGUCCACCAGUCCCUCCCGUCCCAGCCGGCCAGGAAGCCCACCAGAGAGGACGUGCAGAAGGAGAUUUCCUUCUUGAACAUCCAGCUGGACAGACACUGUAUGAAAAUGUCCAAAGUAGCAGACAGCCUCAUGGGCUACACAGAACAGUUCAUGGUCUACGAUCCUUUGGCGUCAACUAUUGAACCAUCCAACCCCUGGAUCAGCGAUGACAUGACCUUCUGGGACCUGGAGGCUAGCCGGGACCCCAGCCAGCACCGUGUGAAGAAGUGGGGCUUCUCUCUGGAGGAGGCCCUAAAGGACCCAGCAGGGCAGGAAGCGUUCCUCAAGUUCCUGGAGUCGGAGUUCAGCUCAGAGAACCUCCGGUUCUGGUUGGCAGUGCAGGACCUGAAGCGGAGGCCCCUGGAGAACGUGGCAACCAGGGCCCAGGAGAUCUGGCAGGAGUUCCUGGCAGAGGGAGCRCCCAGCUCCAUCAACUUGGACUCCCACAGCUAUGAGCGCACCAGCCAUAACCUCAAAGACCCUGGACGAUACAGCUAUGAGGACGCACAGGAGCACAUCUUCAAGUUGAUGAAAAGUGACAGCUAUGCACGCUUCCUGAGAUCUAACAUCUAUCAGGACCUCCUGCUAGCCAGAAAGAAGCCGUCACAAACAGAGAGUGAGCAGGGCCGCCGUACCUCCCUGGAGAAGUUCACCCGCAGUGUGGGUAAGUCUUUGACGGGCAAGCGGCUGACAGGGCUGAUGCAGUCAUCCUGACACUGCCUGGACAGGAGGGGCAUAGAGAGACACCCCUGGAGGGGUCAUGACCAUGUKGGGAGAGGGGCGUGCUGGGGCAGGAGGCUCUGUUCUGAAGGGUUACAGACAGUACCAUGCAGAACUGGGGUUAGAAAUACUCACAGAACCACAGAGAAAUGGAUCAUGCCAGCCAGGGCGGGCCUUGACCCACUCACUACAUGGCAUGCAUACAGUACAAGCACACACAGACACACACGGUUACAGUAGGGCUACAUACAAGCUCAAAGAGUCAUAGUGGGGUAUAUACAUAUAUAAAUAUACAGUUCCAUCUGCCCUCACUAGGCAGUCAGCAAUAAAGACAGCAGGAUAACAAAUCUCUUUUUAAAAUCUAUCUAAAUCUAUAUCAUAUUUUUUCUUAUACAGUAGACCGUAUAAUCCUGUUUACUGAUGGAAACUUAAAACCUAUUAUUUUUGCAGUGAUUGGGAAUAUAUUUUUUAUUUGCCCAUAAAUCUAAGGUAUUAUAAUUGUUAUUAUAGAAGACCGGUUAAGAAACUUUGAGGGAAAUUCUCCAUGCUUCAUUACAUUCCAAGAGUAGGUAUAAGGCCUUGAUAGAGAAUCUACAAUGAAUCAUUGCAUGUUUCAUCAAAACAUUUUGUUUGUUUAGAAUUCMUGCUGGGGUUGUAUUUUUACUGAUUGAAAUCAUGAAGUCCAAUUGAGGUCAAUGGCUUAUUUUUCAAAGGAGACCUGGACAAGAAAGCUCUAGUAUUUUACAUAGACGAUCAUACACUCUAGAACACCUACCAUUUGAUUCAAUCAAUACAGAUAGCUUUAAUGUUACAAAACCCUAUCCCUUAUGGAAAAUGUCAAUAAUGUCGAUGAGUUUAUAAAUUUGUGAUUUCAGCCUUAUUUAGUAUUUUACACGGCAUCAUGUGGUUUAAAUAUGAUUCUGGACCUAUUCAUGCCAAAUAAGUGCCACAUCUGAUCAGUCAGAUACUUAAGUGACAUUCACAUGCCUUACAGGCCCCUAAUGAAAAUAGCCCUGCAUCACUACCAUCUAAUGGAGAGUAAACACCAUGCACAACUCUGUGGAACAUGGUGGCCUGCCCUAACAGGAGGUGUGGCAGGAAUAUUUAUUUAUGUCAAAUAAUUUAUUUAGGGGAACAUUGAGACCAGGGCCUCAUUUUACCCCGCAAUCAUAGGUGUCCUACAGUAUAAGUUUAACAGCCCAAGAAAUUCAGUUUUUAUUCAGUACUAGCCUUUCUGUUGCAUGAGUGUCAAUGUAAACCAUUACCUACAUGCUCAGUCAUUUAUCCAUAGUCCAGUUUUGGGUCAGAGAGAUGUGUAUGUGCUCAUCAUAUGUUGCAAGCCAUUGUUAUAUUGCCAAACAGUGUGCAUGCUUGUUAGGGAAAAUGCUCUGGCGAAAUGGAGUUUAGGGAGUCUGAGCUGGGGAGUAAAAUCCACGUGAACAGAGACCCAGCAGGCUACUUGGUUCUUCUUCUAUCUUCAAACACAAACAAAAGGGAAGUCCCCUCGAUCCCACCACUGAACAGAACAGGAGUAUCACUGCUGAAAGGACAAACUCAUGAGAUACACCUGACUGAUAUAUUGCAUCCACAUCCACCCCUGGAACUGGAUCAUACAGUACAUGAUACCUCUUCUACCCUCCCAAAAGACCUGAGCUAGAAGAGGGUAUCAUUCACAGCACAACAACAACUCCCUCGUGUGGUAGGGGGGGGGGGG